AUGCUGAUCCACUACGUGACGUAUGAAGGCAUUACAUUCCUCCCAGCCUACAGCUACGAGCACAACUUGAGUUUCAGCCACAAUGAGUUCCUGGUGCGGGACGACGACAUCUUCAAUGUCACCUAUCCCAAGUCUCGCACCGUUUGGAUGACUGAGAUGCUGAGCCUCAUCCACACCCAUGGCCACCUCAGCUGGAACCAAACUGUCCUCAAUUCUGAUUGCGUGCCCUGGUUCCCAACCUAUCUGGGUUUGGAGGCAGCUCUCAGCUACUCCCCACCUUGCCUGCUGACCUGCUACCUCCCCAGGCACAUCUUCCCCAAGUCUUUCUCCCAGUCCAGCGCCAAGGUUAUUUACACCCUACGGGACCCUUGAGAUGUUGUCGUCUCCUACUACUAUUUCUCCAAGAUGUGCAACAGCUAUGAGGAUCCCACGUCCUUUGAGCGGUUCCUGAGGGUCUUUCUGGAUGGGGAGUUGCCCCAUGGCUCCUGGUUUGAACAUGUCUGAGACUGGAUGGAAAUGAAGGACAUGGAGAACUUUUUCUUCAUCACCUAUGAAGAGCUGAAACAGGACCUUCCUGGCAGCAUAAGAUGUCUCUGUCGGUUCCUGGGGCAGGAUCUGGAUGAAGAGGCCAUCUCCUCUGUGGUUCAAAAUGCCUCCUUCACAGUCAUGCAGGAGAACCCAAUGUGCAGCUCUGUCCUGCUCCCUGCAGACAUCAUGGAUCAGACAAAGGGCCAGUUCCUGAGGAAGGGCAUCUGCGGGGACUGGAAGUACCAUUUCACAGUGGCACAGAGUGAGAACUUCGACAUGAUCUACAAGGCCAGGAUGGAGGGUCUGAACAUGGCCUUUCCUUGGGACAGGUGUUAG